AACACACAACAACACUGUCCUCAUUUCUGUCGUUGCCUUCAAUUCUCCAUCCUCCUCCUCUCUUUCUCUCUUCAUUGAUCAAUAUAAUAUCAAAAUUUAGAAAAGCAAAAAAUUACAAAAAAAAUGGCGAUUAAUUCACCAGCUCGUUGUUGCGUGCCAUCUCUGCAUCGCUCUUUACCUUUUCGCUCCAUUCUCGCACCCACUUCCAGACCCAUCUUCUUCCACCAAACUCCGACCCUGAGGCUCGUCUCGGUUCGGUCCCACGCACCCGGUUCGGAGGAGUUGGGUUCACAAAAGAGACGGUUCGGCUUGGAACACUCUCAUACCUCCAUUGGGUUCUCCACUUCGUCUUCGUCUUCGUCUGUGAUUGAUUUUCUUACUCUCUGCCACCGGCUCAAGACCACAAAAAGGAAAGGAUGGGUUAAUCAUGGGAUAAAAGGUGCUGAAUCAAUUGCUGACCAUAUGUAUCGCAUGGCUUUAAUGGCGUUAAUUGCUGGCGAUGUUCCUGGAUUGAAUAGAGAAAGAUGUAUUAAAAUAGCCCUCGUGCAUGAUAUUGCAGAAGCUAUUGUAGGAGACAUAACACCAUCUGAUGGUGUGCCCAAGGCUGAGAAGAGCAGAAUGGAGCAGGAAGCUUUGAAUAAAAUGUGUGAAGUUCUUGGUGGAGGGAUGAGAGCUGAAGAGAUCAAAGAACUGUGGUCGGAAUAUGAAAACAAUUCUUCUUUGGAGGCUAAUCUUGUUAAAGAUUUUGACAAGGUUGAAAUGAUUCUACAAGCGCUGGAAUAUGAAAUGGAACAUGGAAAAGUGUUGGAUGAAUUUUUCCUUUCAACUGCAGGGAAGUUUCAAACUGAAAUAGGAAAAAAUUGGGCAGCUGAGAUCAUUUCAAGAAGAAAAUCUUUAUCAGCAAAUAGGAUGAGUUGAUAUAGUGGCUAACAAGUGGUGCCAUCGUAGCUUGAGUGAUUGUGGUUGGUUAGAAUGACACAAUGGCUAACUCAACUACCAACCAAUAAACACUCUUUGAUGCAUAACAGGGUUCUGGAGUUGACAUUAUUUGGGAUGAUAUCUUUCUGUUGUCCCUGCCUUAUAAGUAAUAAGUUAUUUUCCCCCCUCUUUUUUUGGAUUCAUUUAAACUUAGCUUUUCCUUUUUAUUCUUUUUUUUUUUUGUUAACAAUGUAGUGUAAAUUACUAUCAUAUAUUUCGGCAAAUACU